AUGUCAUCUCGCUUCUCCUUCUGGCGUGUCCACGCUCCACCGGGGCGGGGGGACUUGAGGCCCUGCUUCCCCAUCUGCACCUCCACUUGCUGCUCCUCCGCAGGUUUUGGUCACGGCCCCUGGCUCCCCACUUCUGCCUUCGUCCCAGCACCUCCCUCUGGCGGUGGGGGGUCCUGGGCGCUUGGGGAGCGGGUACCUAGGAGACCAGGGGCGGGGUGCCUAGAGAGGGGACUGCUGUUGGAGAGCAGAGGGAAGCAAAGAGCAGGCAGCGAUUGCAUCCUCCAGGCCCAGGAGGAGAGAAGUUGUGCCCUCCCCGGGCGAAAGGGGGACCCCGAGGGAACGCGGGGACGCGGAAACCGCAACUGCUGGGGCGAGCUGGCAGGGGCCAUGGUUAUUCGCCGCGCCUCCGCCUUCCGCGGCCACUGGGCCUCCGACUCGAGCUCGGGCUGCGGCGGCCGUGCGUCCCAGGGCCGCCCGUGGUCUGUCUCCAGGCGCUUCCGAGGUUUCCCUUGCCUGCGCUCCGCGGCCCGCGGCCAGGCGUGGUCCAGCCCAGGCUCUAUGGGUCUGCGCUCUGGAGCCCACAUCUUCACCGAGGCUCUGCUCUCGAAGCAAGCACAUCACUUCCCGGGGGGUGGGGAGGACCGGAGAGAGGGAGCAAAGACAGCGCGAGCACCUGAGCCAGAAAGUCAUCUCAGCUCCAUCUGA